AUGCUUACGGCCGAGACUCAGAACUGGAACCACGGCGUCGCCCUUGCCGUUGCUGUGGUGGCACAGCAGCUGCUCGGCAUGACGUAUUACGGGCCGAUUUUCGGCAACGCGUACGUCAAGGCGCGCGGGGUGACCUGGAAGGAUCUCGAAGGGCUCAACAUGACCAAGGCUCUGACGCUUGCUGUCCUCUCGUCGGCUGUCUUUGCUGAAGUUGUCUCGCACAUUGUGGCGUCCACGACGUCGCUGGCCGACGCGGUCCACAUGGUGAUCUGGCUCUGGCUCGGCGUCAACGUCACCACCAUCGCCAACAAGGGCGGCUGGGACGAGGAGUCGUACACCCACAUGGCUCUCACCUGCGGCUGGAUUCUUGUCCAGUACCUCACGGUUCUCAUAGCAGCAACGCUGCUGACUGCGGCGACAGUAGCUGCCAAGACAGACGAGUCUGCACGUGUUCUGCUCAAGUACUACGAUGCCGAGCUUGGCAUUGCCAGCAACUUUGUGCUCAUCAACGCUACGGGAGUAAGCAGCGUGGUGGGCAAGGCGGUGAGGAGCGGGCCGGCGCGGCCGACGACCCAUGCUGUGGCCGGACACUCUGCCUACGUAGCCGACGCAUCGAUGGAUCAGCUGCUGGUCAUGCACACCUCGGCCAAGAUCGGCGAGGAUCCGGUGCUCGAGGUCCAGUCGACGCUGGUGCGCUCGUCGUCGGUAGAGACGGUGACGCUGUACUCGGCCCUGAUGCUCAACAAGCACUCGUUUGUCUCGCUCGCCCGAUCGUGGGUGGAGGAGACGUACGUCGUCGCCCGCUCUUCCAUCAGCUACCAGCAGACGCUUGUCUCGCAGCUCCCGCUCUCGCAGCCUGCCGCCAAGAUCAAGUCCGUCUACGCGUUGGCGCACGACAACUCAACCUACUUUUCCUACAACGGCACCCACUUUACCGGCAACAACGUGGUGACCGGCAACGUGACGUACGUCGCGCCGUCCGCCAUCGACAUGAUCUCGCUCAACACUGUCCUCGACGCCGAGGGCAACGGCAUGGGUUUUGCCAUCUCCGACGGCGCCAUCCACGUGGCGACGAUCAACCCCAUGACCGGCCGUGGCCGCUACGGCGCCCGAGUCGACAUUGCCUUUGCUGCCGGCGACGAGCUCAUGGCGUCGUUCCCGUCCGACGCCUGCGGCACGCCGACGUCCAAGUACAUCUUUGCCGCCAUCGUCCCGACUGCCACCCAGCAGGUCACCAUCUAUGUCAUCGUCCCCUCCACCGGCACCAUCGUCACCACCGUCUCCCCCUCGGACCUCACCACCAUUCUCGGCGUGCCGCUGACCACCACCCUCGCCCCGCUCGCCAUCAUCCUCCCCAAGCCGGCCACGCCCUGCCGAUCGCCGGCCCAUCGCUAG